CAAUUGAGUACUUGGCAUAAUUAAUGUGGUACAAACUACAUUACCUAGCAUAGGAGCGAGUUCGUUUUCCGGUCUGGAGGUCUGGGCGAUUUGCAAAGCAGAAGCAAAGCCCGUCUUUGGCAGAAGUCACUCGAAAGGGAUUAGCAAGCUAGCUUGCUAGCAAAUUAAAUCUCUUUAGAUGUUGGAAACUGGCGCUAAAUUAGCUUCUUUGGACAGCGUUGACACAUCGAGCCUCUCUUCCUCUGCCAGUAACAUCUCACUGUUCUUUUGUGUGUUGUCAGCGUGUAAUAGAGCAGAAACACUAGCUGUUGCCAUGGCAAUCCUGUUUGCUGUGGUGGCUCGGGGAACCACCAUCCUGGCAAAGCAUGCAUGGUGUGGUGGCAACUUCCUGGAAGUGACUGAACAGAUUUUAGCCAAAAUCCCAUCAGAGAAUAACAAAUUGACCUACAGCCACGGCAGCUAUCUCUUUCAUUACAUCUGCCAUGACAGAAUCAUAUACCUGUGUAUCACUGAUGAUGACUUUGAGAGGUCACGGGCAUUCAGCUUCCUCAGUGAAGUCAAGAAGCGCUUCCAGACAACGUACGGGUCGAGAGCACAAACUGCCCUGCCUUAUGCCAUGAACAGUGAGUUCUCCUCAACACUGGCAGCUCAGAUGAAACACCACUCCGACCAACGAGGAUCAGAUCGUGUCACUGAGACUCAGAUGCAGGUGGAUGACCUAAAGGGCAUUAUGGUCCGCGACAUAGACUUGGUAGCUCAGAGAGGAGAGAAGCUGGAGUUGCUGAUUGACAAGACAGAAAAUCUGGUUGAUUCAUCGGUCACGUUUAAGACCACAAGUCGUAACCUGGCUCGAGCCAUGUGUAUGAAGAACCUCAAGCUGACUAUUGUCAUUGUGCUGGUGUGCCUGGUGAUCCUUUACAUAAUCGUUUCUGCUGCCUGCGGAGGCCUCAGCUGGCCCACUUGUGUCAAAUGAGAGGCGAAUGGGGAUAAAAGAGAAGGAGAUAAAGGAAAAAAGGAAGAGGGGGAGAAGAGCCUGUUCAACUCUGCCUGCCAGUGGACACAAAAGGAAACACAACUUUCCUUCCUCUACUCUAGCUUCAACAUCCCCGGAAGACACGCUGCUGCUUCUCCUCCUCCUCCUCCCUCGCCCCCCUCUUUGAUAGUGUGCACAUUCACUUGCCUUCUGGACAGGGAGUCCCACCCCAUACCACCACUAAUGGACAGCAGCCGUGUGGCAUAAAACUGAUGUAGAACAAUAAUCUUGUUUUAUAGUAGUCUGUUACAUCCAUCCUGUCUCAUGCACGUAGUGGCCUGAUGUAUCAGUUUGUGAUACUGUCCUAUCAAUUAUAUUUAAUACAUUCAGACUGAUAACAGAAUGGACCUCAAAGAUAGCAACGAUUACUUGUUACUGUCCUGCAUUUCCUAUGAUGUCAACAGAGGUAUGAGAGACCUGCAAGUAUAGGUAGCAUGUUGCAGAUCUAUCAAGACUGAAUACCACAAUACAGUGGUUGGUCCUCUGUUGCAUAACAAAAAACUAAUUUCUGACAAAACUAAUGCAGUAUACAGUAUGUCUCAAGUGGCAAGUGUGUAACGAACCAUGUUGGCGGUGUGUCAUGAAUGCCCCUUUUUGCUGAGAAACAGAUUUCCUUCUUGUUUUAUCACCAAGCAGAGUAGUAUAUUCUAAAAUGGGUGCCGUAAAAUACCAGAUAUGAUCAUACAAAUAAAUAUUGUAAAUUUGAUUGAUAUUACCGACUCAAAAGAUGUAAUGGUUCUUUUGAAUCCAGCCUGAUUUUGAGGAAAUCCUUAUCUCUUUUCCACUUUGAUAGGAGGCCAUCUUUCACCUUUUACCUCUGCUAGGAUGUUCAGUGAGCUCAUAUGUUCUUUUUGUUAACACAAUGCACUUUUUACAUUGUAUAUAAAUUUGCUUCCUGGCAUCAUAUGGUUUAUAAUCAUGUAAUUAUAAUUGUACAUCCAGAUUUGAAAUAAUAAAAUCUGAUGUAUCAAGUGGUUGAUCUCUUCAGAUGUUAAA